GUGUAAGGCGCUUACAGUAAUCAGAACAGGAACAGAAACCAAAGCGCAACUGAACGAAACAUUCGCCUUAUAUUAUUGAAUUUAUUAUGCGUCCUUAAUGAUGUGAUUAAUAAAAGCAGCAGCAGCAAUGGCAAUCUACACAGAUAAGCUCAUGAAUUGUUGACAGCAAAGCUCGCAGAGUAUCCCAACUCUCUCACUUAUUGGAAAGCACUCAGGUGCGAGCACGAACGCGAAAAGAGUAAAAUUAUAUAACGGGAGAUCACUGUAGAUAAGCAAUAAUUUAAUCGGCGUCGAUUGCAACUCAACACUAUCGAUAAAUACAACAUAUUCUGCUGGUUCUGUGCGCCAUGUCUACAGAAACGGAAUUCUUGGAUGCUUAUGAGAGAAUUAAGCUCUCCUAUGAAGCAGCCAUGAGGCAGGUGGAAGUGGCUACGAGCUGUAAGGAAUCGGAAUCGGUGGCGGAGGCAAUCGUUGCUCAUGAGCAGGCGCUGCUGAUGAUUGAGGAAACGUUUAGCUUACCAGUCGGGCUGCCGGAUGAGAUCGAUGCAGUGCAGCAGCAAUGGAACGAUGCUUGCGUGAUUAUUCAAAAGUUAAAGACAACCAAGAUGGAUCUGAGCUAUCGAUUAAAGGUCUUGAGGAUAAGUCAGUUGCCUAUUGAUGUCAGCGCUACAGAACCGAAGGAAGAGGAGCAACCAGAUGGAUCAUCCACGAGCAAGCGACCUCUGCUCGUUGAGAAUCCGAAUACCUUCUAUGACAUAGGCUAUCCGAAUGGGAAGCCGAGGACCUACCAGGAACUGGCAACCGGAUUGCGUGAGCUGUUGGCGAGUCAUGACUCACAGGCGCAGCUGGACGAGCUGUUUCAAGCGCAAGUGAAGCUCUACAGGAUUGAGUCCUGCGGCCAGGUGACCACGCUGACAGGCAACACGAAAAUGUCGCUGAUCAUGUGCACCGUGGCCGGCAAAUGGGCACAUUUGAACGCCAGCUAUUUCAUACAGUGCGAUAUGGAACAGCAGGUGGAUAUUAAGGAGGCGGGCAUGUCUGUCUGGCUAUAUCCGCUUAUUCCUAAUGUAACCAAUUGUUAUUGCACCGAAUAUGGCGCCUUCAUUUUUCCGGACAUGGAAGCCGAGCAGUCAGGCAAUGCUUUUGGCAUAAUGUUGGUCAAGCCACAGUCUCCACUCAGCACUAGUGCCGGGGAGACGGAGGACGAGCAAAUGGCGGACCUACAGCAAUUCAUGUUAGAUCUGCUCGAGGCAGUGCUGGCGGAUACUGUGCAGCAACUGCAAUCCCCGCGCAGCCAACGUGCUGCAUCCACUGCCUCUGAGCAGGUGUCUAAGCACGUUGUCAGCGCAGCGGAUUUCAUAGCGCGCAAUCUGGUGAAGGGAGCCGAGAAAACGGGUGGAUAUAUGUUUAGAGCAACGCCGUAUCUCAUAUCCAAGAUGAAACCAGCGCUAGCCGAUGAAGAGACUCAUGUGCCCAGCUCAGUGCAGACAGGCGUGGAGGUGGCACAAAAGGUGACGCAGGCAGCGGCUGGCUUGACGGGUUGGAUAGCCGGUAAGGUGGGCACAGCUGCCGUUGCAGUCGGCGGAUACUUAGCGCCGCAUGUCCAGAGCCAGGGAUCGAGGCUAUUGCAAAAGAGCUUGGGCUAUGACAGCAGUUAUGCUGAUAGCACAAUGGAAGGCGCAAUGACUAUUGCGGCUGGUGCAGUGGAAGGUUUUACCACAGUGUUCGAUGGCUUUGAAAAGUCGGCAAAGAUUUUGGGGAACAGCUUGAGCGAAAAUUCCGUUAAAAUCAUUGAGCACAAAUACGGCACCUCAGCGGGAAACUUGGCCUGCGGCACUUUUGAUACGGUGGGCAAUGCCUUUAUCAUUAGCCAAAAUGUUAACUAUAUAACGCCCAAGGGUCUGGCCAAAAAGUUGGUUAAGAAAACUGGCGAAGCGGUUGUUGUGGAUCAUAAGCGUGAUUUGCGUCGUUCAGAAUCUCAUUAUAUAAAUGCGGGCGCCUUAUAUCCUGAUUUAAGAGCGCUAAAGAAUUGA